UAUCACCUACCGAUAAGUAUAAUUGGAUCACUUUAGUACAAAGAGCAAAACUUGAUCCUCGAAAGUUAGUUGAAAAGUAUUCUGGACGUAUUCUACAAUUAAUACAAUCAGCAAUCGAUAUUAACAGUGAAUCAAAGAAUUUUUAUCAAGCCGCUUUAUCCGUGAUAUCAACUGUUACUUUUGUUUCACCUGAAACAUUUGUACCAAUAAUCAUUGUUCAAUGUCGUAAAUAUUUGGAUCCUUGUUUGUUUGAAAAAAUAAGCGAGCAAGAUAUAGAAAUAUGGAAAACUGAGGAAGGGACCUUAUUCGUUGAUGUACUCAAAAAUAAGAAGCAAGUCGUAGAAAAUCGUAAUAAAAAAGACUAUCAAACUGAAAAGUGGGAACGCGAAGUACGUGAAAAGAUAGCCCAAAAGAAAGGUGUUUCGACCCCUAAAUUAACGAAAGACGAGCAGGCCGCU